UGAUGCUGAUGGUGUGCAGUGUAGUGUCAUAGUAGUAUAUAGUAGUUGUGGUGGUGUCGGUGAUCGUAGUCUGAUACAGAAGGACUUUUACAGGGAAUAACCCUCGGUUAUUUCCGUUGGCAGUCGUGAUACUUCGGCAGGGAUCAACAUCGCCCCGGAGUCCAGCGAGGCGAUCAACCAGUUCGCUGACUGCUGAACGUGGAUGAGUGUCGUGCAUAUUUUUGUUCUCUAGUAAAAUUUUAAAUUUAUUUAUUUCACUAAAUAUGAAUAAGUGAUUUUAUUUUUAAUCAUUUUUUAAUUACUAAGGAAAAAUAUUUGUGAUUAAAAAUACCGCGGAAUUUAAAAAAAAAAAUUUCUACUCACAUUUAUCGCGACAUUUAUUGGUAAUAAAUAAAAAAAAUUGUUUAUUAUAAUUGUUAUCUUACUGGAAGGUAUUAUUUUAUCUGAAGUAUACAAGUUAUCGAUUUGUGUCGAUGUUAUUUGCGUAGGUGGUUUUUUUUUGUUAUUAUGAUUUUGGAGUAUAAGUGACGCCCAAAGUGUUAACUCUUUAUUGGGAUUCCAAGGAAGAUGAUGGGUGUUAAGAUGCUGUCACAGACGCCUGACAUUAUUCCCACGUCUCUUAAUCAGCAAAAAUGUGUAAAAGCACGUGCGCUGUAUGACAAUAUAGCAGAAGCACCAGACGAGCUGGCAUUUCGCAAAGGCGACGUCCUGACAGUUUUGGAGCAAAAUACCUCAGGAUUGGAAGGAUGGUGGCUCUGCGCCCUGAGGGGCAGGCAGGGAAUAUGUCCAGGAAAUAGACUAAGACUGCUAGUGGGUCAGUACGACACCGGAGGAUGCCUAGGGGGCAGCAGAGCGGACCUCACCCUAGCAGAAGAUGGAUUACAACGUCAUGGAAAACGACGGAGUUGGCACGUGCAGCCAAAUAGAGUUGUUACCCCGCAAAAAUGUGGAGACGUUUAUUUGUAUGACUUGCCAGUUAAUAGAUCAAGUCCAGCACCUUCUUCACGGCGAGAUUCUCCUCUUAACUCUACAGAUCAUCUUCAUAAUACAAGUCGUUUGUCCAGCGGCCAGCAGAGUUCUAUCGACAGCGGGGGUGACGUCAGUGAUUGCUACGACGUACCACCACGAGCUACACCAGUAAUCCCGUCUCCUGCAAGCAGUCCAAGCCCCGCACCUUCUUGCUAUGACACUCCACGACCACCGACAUCCUGUACCCCCAAUUCAAAUCACUCUGGCGGUUCCGGUAUCACCCCACUGGACUGCUACGAUAUUCCUCGGCCACUCCAACCCCUCACCCCCAGUAGCUCGGCCUCGAGUCUCACUAAUGAUGGAUCACUCAGUGGCUCCAACAGAUCCAGCAUCACUGCACCCGAUUACGAUAUUCCUCGGCCACGUCUUCCAUCAAAUUCCAAGUAUAAUUCAUCCGUUCAUAAAAUAUCGACUACUUCACCCUCCUCGCAUAAUUUACAACAACAACAACAGCAGCAGCAGCACCAGCGACAGCAAAUUUACGACGUCCCCGUCAGCCGAGAGCUACCAUUAGAGUUGGAUUCUGCGCUAGAAGGACUCGAAAAACUACAGAGUGAAGCGUCUGCUGCUAUUGCGAGACUUCUAGGAUUCGUUAGUCCCGGAUGGCGGACACCGCAGCGGCUUGAUGUAACUCUCAUGGACUUAAGGCUUGCAGCUCUAAGACUCAGGACUUCACUCCAUGAUUUAGCGGAAUUUGCUGAGGGUACACUAGGCAAUGCCAGUAAAGCACCAGAUAAAGGUUUAGCGAACAAGUUUAGGCCACUAGUCAAAGCUCUAAGAGAUUCAGAUAAACUUGUCAAGGAGGCGGCUUGGAAACUGGACGCCAUGGAAUGGGACGCAGCCAAAUUGUCGCGGAUUAAUGACGCGCCGAUUUCAACAAAUAAUUCGUCCCCUUCUUUCAAUUCUUCUAUUCAUCCGGAUCCGCUUGAUCAGUUGAUCGCGUGCGCGCGAGCACUCACGGAAGACGUGCGGCAAAUCGCGAGUUUUAUUCAGGGAAAUUCGACGCUUUUAUUCAAACGGUCGUCGAUUAUUUCGACUGGUACCGCGGGCAACAGCACUGAAGAUGACGAUUAUGUAAAUCUCGACUCGCGUGAAACCGUAGCGAAGCAGAGAGAAGAAUUGCGUGCAACUUUGCCUCAAGAACUACGAAGCAGUUACGAUCUUCUUGUUUCUGAAGCUGAUAAUGCGGCUAUUCAGAUGCCAGCUUCCACGCCCACACCCAUGGAUCCUAAUGAUAAACAGCUCUUGGCAUUCUACGUCGCACAAGUGAUAACUCACGGUGCGCAUCUGACUCACGCCAUUGACGCUUUUCUUCAAACUGUCGAACACAAUCAACCGCCAAAGGUUUUUCUGGCACACGGCAAAUUUGUCGUCCUCAGCGCACACAGGCUGGUACAUAUCGGGGAUACGGUACACAGGAACGUAACUCGAAAUGACGUAAGAACGAAAAUACUCGAAUGCGCAAAUUCUCUGAGUGAAGCACUUGCUCAGACCGUAUUGAAAACCAAACAGGCGGCUCAAUUUUUUCCAAGUGUCACCGCUGUUCAGGAGAUGGUUGAUAGUGUCGUUGACGUAUCACAUCUAGCCAAAGAUCUCAAAGUGGCUAUGAUUCAUGCGGCACAGCAGCCUUAGAAAAAAACUAUCGUGCAAUCGACUGCUGAUUGAAUACAAAUAGUCCUUGACGGGACUGAGUACAAAUCCAAUGUACUCUCAAAGUAACUCCAUACCUCAUCCCAUUCUCGAUCCACCAGUAGCGAUUUUAGUGGCCUAAAAAUUAAUGGGUGAAUUAUACUACAGCAUACAGUACUGCCAAAGCAUAUAUGCGUAGACGAUGAAACUUGAUACGUUCCAUCGAUUUAAUAUAAAAAAAAAAUCUAUAUAUUGUAGAGGCCUUUCGGAUAUAAUAGAAUAUCAGUUGAUUUAAAAUUUAAAAAAUAUAAUUAGUGAGCUAAUUAAUAGAACUGGAAAUUUUUAGAAUUUUGUCUUUUAAAUUUUGUAUUUUUAAUAGUGACAAAAGCUUUGAAACUUUUGUUUUUAUAAUAUAUAUUUACAAUUAAAUUUUUUCAAAAGAAAGAACCAAAAGCAAAAUAAUAUCUUUGAUAUUUUUUCGUGAUAAAUAUAUAAAUUUUUUUGAUAAGAAUUUUAAAACCCGACACUUUUUAUAUUUUUUUAUCAACUAAGGUGAUUUUACUUUAUAAAAUACUUACAAAUUUUUUUUUAUAAAUGGUAACAACGAUACUUAAAUAUCUGCAGAGUAUUUAUAUCAUGCAGUAGACUGAUUUUAUAGAACAAAAAAACUAUUUAUCAAAAUCACAUCAACCUUCCACUGUCGAAAAAAAAUUUUGUAAGUAUUUAUAAUCGCCGCUUUUAUUACUUACUUACAAGCAACUUUUGUAUAUUAUAUGACGUACAAUUUUUUAUUGAAUUGUUUAUAGUGAAAUUAUUUAAGGCGCGAAAAUUUUAAGUAUUUGAUUACAUAAAAUUAUAUGGGUGUAAGUGCAGAAGACGUCAGACAAAUUUGUGAUUAUAAAUAAAUAGAGUAAAUAAUCAAAAAAAUAAUAAUUUUAAAAAAUGCACUUAUUAAUUUUUAAAUUUUUUUAAUGCGCAUUUUUUUUAAAUUGAAUUUUUUUGAUUGUUUACUCCAUUUAUUAAAAAUUUUAAAUAUGUCUGCUGCGUUCACACUCAUGAUGUAGCAGACAUCAGACAAAUUUAAAAUUAUAAAUAAAUAAUUAAACAAAUAAAAUUUAUAAAAAAUACACUUAUUAAUUUUUUAAUUUUUAAAAUGCGCAUUUUUUUUAAAUUUUAUUUUUUUAAUUAUUUACUCCAUUUAUUAAAAAUUUUUAAUUUGUCUAUUUGCUGCAUUAACACUCAUAAUUUAGUAGAUAUCAGACAAAUUUCAAAUUAUAAAUAAAUAGAGUAAGUAAUUAAAAAAACUAAAUUUUUAAAAAAUGCACUUACUAAUUUUUAAAUUUUUUAAAUACGCAUUUUUUUUUUUAAUUUUAAUUUUUUUAUUAUUUACUCCAUUUAUUAAAUUUGUCUGUCUGCUGCAUUCACACUCAUGAUGUAGCAGACAUAAGACAAACUAAAAAUUAUAAAUAAGUAGAGUAAAUAAUUGAAAAAAUAAAAUUAAAAAAAAAUGCAAUUAUUAAUUUUUAAAUUUUUUAAAUGCGCUUUUUUUUAUUUUUUAUUUUUUUAUUAUUUACUCCAUCUAUUAAAUUUGUCUGUCUGCUGCGUUCACACUCAUAAUGUAGUAGACAUCAGACAAAUGGAAAAUUAUAAAUAAUUAAAAAAAAUUAAAUUAAAAAAAAAAAACGUAUUAAUUUAAAAAUUUUUUUAAAUGCACAUUUUCUAAAAAUUUUAUUUAAUCAAUUAUUUAUUCCAUUUAUUAAAAAUUGUAAAUUUGUAUGAUAUCUGCUACACUCACACUCAUAAAAUUAUUCAUAUCAUAUUUAAUUAUCGUGUGCGUACUGCACGCAUUUUAUAUCAACAAAUUUCUUGUUUAGUGAUAUCGAUACAUGGCAACAAAGUAUUUAUUUAUAUUUUAAACAUUAAAUUGUUUAAGCUAAAAGAUGUCUUUCUUCUAGUUGACAACAAAUUAAUUAACACUUAAUUUAACAUUUGUAAAUAGUCAUAUUUAUAGAAAUUAAUUAAAUUUCCGAGGCUGGUGAUUAUGUUUAAGAUCUCCAAGACUUCAAUUGCUGAUAUUUAUCUUGUAUUAUAAAAAAAAUUACAUACAAUUGUACUUACUUAAAUAAUUGUUAAAAUUCUUAAGAAACGAUCACCAACUUCAGUUUUAUUAUUAAUUCUGUCGUCGAAUUAUGUAUUAAAAAUAUACUAGAAAUAAUGAUAUUUA